AUGAAAGAAACUCUAUUGGAAAACGAAUUUAAAGAACCAAAAGUGAUGAUAAUACAUCUAAAUUUCAUUUUCUUUUAGGUUAAUAAGUAGAUUUGCAUACUAGAAAGAAACAGUGCCGUUUAUAAAUCAUACUUUUAAGUGGAGUACUACUAAUAUACUCUGCCUUAAAAAAAAAGAUAUAACUCCACAAGAUUAAGCUAUCUUUUUUAAUAAAGGCUCAGAAAUUUUAAAAUCAAUUUUUAAGCUGAUUAAGGUUUCAUUAAAGAGUUUAGAGAAUACAAAAAAGUAUGUUCCGAAAACUCAAUUUAGCAGAGCCUUUUUAACUUCUAGGAGAUAACAUUUCUAUAAAGAUGUAUAUUUAAAGUAUUUAAGUUAUGAUAGAAUCAUACUCCUGCACCUGGAGUCUACUCAGAUUAAUUAUUAAUAACUGAACCAGGUCAAUCAGUUGAGUUUAAUAAAAAUCCAUAAAUGAUAAAUUCAUUUAUUUCAAUUUUUUAGAGGGACAUUUCCCAUUUCCAAUUUCCAAGAAUGAAUGACAAUUCACCUGAUUUAUAGAGAACCAUAAGUAGGAAUAAGGCAUAUUAAAGAAGUAAUUUUUUUAUAUUGAGAUUCAGAAGAAGGAGAACAUGGUAUUUUGAAAAGGUUUAUAGUGAAGAAACUUAAAUAAAAAAAACCUAAUGGUGAAUAAAAAAUGACAGAGAGAAUGAGUACUUUUUAUAUUAGUAAUAACAAUAUGGGAAAUAAAGAUAAAAUAUAUUUAUAAAGAUUAGAUUAUUAUAGAAUAAUAGAUAGCAGUAAUGAGAUAAAGAAGUUAGAAUAACCAGAUGCUCUUGAUAAUAAUUGGAGUAAGAUUUUAUAAAUAUAAAUAAUUAAUAUAUAAAGAGCGAUAUGGUUUAAAGAAAUUAAAAGGAGGUAAAAUUAAAAAGUAAAGAUUGUAAACAGCUGCAAACGGAUGAAAUAUUAACUUUAAUUUGUUUAUUUAUUGAUUCUUUUUGAUUCAUACUUCAUUUUAUUUGUUUUGAGAUAAUGAGGAAUAUUAUUUUAACAGAAAAAAUAAAUUUCUUAAUUAAAUAUAUUAUGCUUAAGAAUAUUCUCCAUCUAGGUUACCUUAACUAAAAUCUUUUGCUAGAAUAAAAUAAGAUGAAUUUAUGAAAUUAAAGUAAAGAAAAAUAGAAUUAGAACUCAAAUUAAAAUAGAAAGAAUUAGAAACGAAAUAAAAUUAAAAAUAAGACUAAAAUAUAGAUUAAGAAAACACUAUAUUUACAUAAUCACAGCCUCAAGAUUCUAAAAAAUGGAAAGGAGUAUUGAAAAAAUGUAAACAGAUUAAUAUUCAUGACCAUCCUCAACUUUAGCAUAAAUGAAGGAAGCAGAAAGAGUAAAGAAGGAAAAAAAGAAAAAAACACUAUUAAGUAAAUUUGAAUAAUUGACAAUAUCUUUAAGAGUUGAUAAUGUUUAAAUUAAAAAGAAGCUAUUAAAAAAGAAAAGUGAAGUAAUUACAUUUUAAAAGCAGAAGGAUAACAUUAAAAAUGAAAAAAUGCAAUGGUAAACGAAAAUAGAAAAAUCAAAUAAGAGAUGGAAAUCUGGUAGAAUAAACAUCAUUAUUCAAUCUGUUCCAGAAGCUGAAGCUAAGAUAAAGGUAAAUAAAAUUUAGCUAAUUAAAAAGAUGAAAUAUUAAAUGGAUUGA